UGUAUCUCAAACGACGUGCUCAAGUUGGAUGAGACUAGACUAUAAUUAUUGGAUUCAGAGGCUUCCAGUUCAGAAUAAUCUCUCGUGCUUCUACGGCGUCGUUUCGUUCUAGGGUUUCGCAUCGUAUUCAAAUCCAAGUGCAUUAACCAUGUCAGGAAACUCAGAUUGCAAAGUUUACGUUGGUAAUCUGGAUGAGAGGGUGAGCGAUAGGGUCUUGUAUGAUAUAUUGAUUCAAGCAGGGCGGGUGGUAGACUUGUACAUUCCCCGAGACAAGGAAACAGAUAAACCUAAAGGUUUUGCUUUUGCAGAAUAUGAAUCUGCAGAGGUUGCAGACUAUGCUGUCCGGCUUUUCUCUGGCCUUGUGUCCCUCUACAAUCGAACGCUAAAAUUUGCGAUAUCUGGGCAAGACAAGCCCUCAACUCCAAUGGCAACCACACCCACACCAAAUUCAUCUCAUAAAUCAAGAUCUCACCCCGUGCCAAUUAACAAUAUGGAAAUGUCUCAGCACUCAGGAAGGUUAUCAGAGCCAAGUUUUUCUGCUUACCAAGUUAAUCAUCCUCAAGUGCCGGCCCCUCCAGGUGUAGUUAAUCAAUCUAAUGGGUAUGGAUCACAUUUCAAUGGCAACAAUUAUGAAUACAGUCGAAGAGUUUUGGGGGCAACGUUGGAUAACAUUAGCCAUUUUAGGUCACAGCGUUAUGAUUCAAGUAACCCAAUCUUCUAUCCAUCGUACUGAUAAUUAUUAUUAGAUUGUUAGAGAUCCAACUCCCACCUUGGUGAGUUCCUGAUAAUUUAAUCAAACAUAAGUAGUAUGGUUGUUUCAGGUGUGUAGAAAGGAUAGUGGAGGAUGCUAAAUUGCAGUUAGUUAAUUUGUGUUAUCUCUAAGCUAUGUUUGUAGGUUGUACCCAGUAUGUUUGUAUUUUUUUCCCCUUCCUACACAUGGACUUAAUGAGUGUAGUUCUUUAUUUACUAUCUGAUGUUGUGGUUUAAUCUAAUAGUCACUCUCCUUUACUAGGUUGAGAUUAAUAUUUAGUAGCAAGCUUCUUCCGUUGAACAUGUAUGAACUUUUGAUGUCUUUGAUAUAUUAUUUAUCAAUUAAUGUGUACAAUUGUCAUACAAUUUUGUCAAAGAAAACAAAUGGAUGGUUAAGAGUCUGUGGUGGAUCUCUGGCGGCUUUUGUGUAAUUUUUUUUAAUUGCUUUCUUUUCCUCACCACCAACCCCAGAAAUUGAUAAUUCUCUACCCUGUAAAUGCUUUAAUUACCUUCAUUGCUGAUCUUGUAAUGCUAUUUCCUGCUUUUAGCCUCUAAAUUUAGAAGGAAUUUUUGUUGAGUUGUACAUUGUACCAACUCACUGAUCAGGACCCAUGUCCGUUUAUGUUGGAAAGAUUGCCAGAUGGUAGAUGUAGCUCGGAUUUAUGUGGGUUUUUUGUUUUGGGAAUCUGGAAAAUGACUGACAAAAUAACUAUUACCUGUUUGACCUGAUGGAUUGAGCAUCCCAACUUAAAAUUAGCCUUAUGUAUGUUUGGGUUUUUGUGAUGUGAAGAUAUAGCUUUAUGUACUUAUCAAAAAAUAAAUAAGGAUAUGUAGCUUUAUGCUUUACUAUAGUUUACUCUUGCUCUUCAUUGGUUAUGGUAUUAAUGUUGCCUUUUCAAUGACUUGUAUGAAACAAAAAUGUGUUUAGGUACACAUUUUUCUCUCAUUUUUAGUUUUUUACCAAUCCCCUUCCCAAAAAAAAUAAUCUCCCCAAAAAAAUUGCAUGCAUGCGCGAGCAGGAAUGAUCUGAUGGUUCAGUCGCCAACCCAACCCGAUACCCACGUGCCAAGUCAGCCAAGAAGGUUACUGUGGUUUUAUUAUUUUUGUUGAUCAAUUAAUACAUUUCCUGUAUACUUUGUGACUGUUUGUUUUACUUCUGUGGAUGUCUGUUAUUCAACCAGACCAAGGUAGACAUUUCAAGUUUCACUGCACUCAGUUCGGAGAGAGAAUUUUUUGUUGGUUAGUAAUUGUACACUUUUUAGAAGAAUUUGAGGCAUCCUAUACCCAAUAUAAUUCUCUCUUUGGGAAUUUUUGUUUA